CCCAGAUGGCAGAGGCUGGAGAGGAUGCCGCUCGGAUGUGGCCACCGCACAUCCGGGCGCGCCUGCAGCGGACAGCGCGCUGCAUAAUUGAUGGGGGGCCGGGCGCAGUUCUGGGUCGGCCUUGGACGCGGUGAGAGUGUCUCCAGGGAGCAGGGCAGGGCAGCCGGGCCCCUCCUACUUCGCCUUUUCUCGCGUGUCGCGUCCCUGGAACUGGCAUCGGGCGCCGGGCCACCAGCGAGUAUGCGCAGGGACUCCAGGCACCGACACUGGUUUGCCGAGGGAGCCGCCUGGGUGAGAAGAGCGGCGGACUCACCGACAACCAUGCGCACCUUCCCUUGCCGGCGGGGACCCCCGGCGCCUCCGCCCCUGCCGCUGGUCCUCCUGUGCUUCCUGGCCGCUGCGCGCCCGAGCUUGGCGGACGGCCAUGCCCCAGCUUUAACUUUUACAAGUCUACCUGUCCAAGAAGAAAUGCUGGCAAAAUAUUCUAACAUUUCCUUGGAGAGUCAUAACAUAUCACUGACUGAACAUUCUGAUGUUCCAGUAGAAAAAAAUAUCACUUUACAAAGACCUUCUAAUAUAGAACUCACAUGCCAGUUCACAACAUCGGGGGAUGUGCAUUCAGUAAAUGUGACUUGGAAAAAAGGUGAUGAACUACUUGAGAAUAAUUAUCUCAUCAAUGCAACAGGAAGCAUCCUGUAUACCCGGUACAUGUUCACCAUCAUUAAUAGUGAACAAAUGGGAAGUUACUCUUGUUUCUUUCAAGAGGAAAAGGAACAAAGGGGCACAUUUAAUUUUAAAGUCCCUGAACUUCAUGGAAAAAACAAACCAUUGAUCACUUAUGUGGGGGAUUCAACUGUCUUGACAUGUAAAUGUGAAGAGUGUUUUCCUUUAAAUUGGACCUGGUACAGUAGUAAUGAGAGUGUACAGGUUCCUCUUGAUGUUCAAAUGAAGGAUAAGUACGUGAUCAGUGGAAAACAUAAUGAAACAAGGCUGAAGAUAAUGCAUCUUUCAGAGGAAGAUCAGGGCUCUUACUGGUGCCAUGCGAUAUUCCAGUUAGGCGAGAGUGAAGAUCAUGUUGAACUGGUUGUGCUGAGUUAUUUGGUGCCCCUCAAACCAUUUCUUGCAAUUGCUGCUGAGGUUGUUCUUUUAGUGACUAUUAUUCUGCUUUGUGAAAUGUACUUCCAGAAGAAGAAGCAGCCAGAUGAUGGGAAAGAGUUUGAACAAAUUGAACAGCUGAAAUCAGACGACAGCAAUGGUAUAGAAAAUAAUGCCUCCAGGCACAGAAAAAAUGAAUCUGUGGGCCAAUGAAUGAGAAGCAUCAUGUCCAGAGUCAUGGGAAGAUGGACAAAGAGUUUCUAUUUCUGCUUUGUUAUGCUUCCUAUUAAGAACAUCUGCGUUUUUAUUUUUAGAAGAAGAAAAAGUUGAUGCAACAUGCUCAGCAGUAGCUUUGUAAAUAAUAUAUGCUAUCUCAGAUCUAAAGAUGUUAUGUUCAUUUUGUAAUUACUUUACACGAAAGCAAGGUAAACUGUAUUAAAUAUGUUCUGUGGGCUAUAACCCAGGAUAAUUAAUUUCAUCCUGGUCCUCAAGAGGCACACAGAACAGACACCAGCAAAACCAGUUAAUAGUUCAUAGAGCUAAUGUCGCUCAAGACCUGUUUAUAACCAAAGAAUUCAUGAAAAAGGAAGUCUUUGCUAUUUAUCUUUAAAAGUUUUUUUUUCCCAAGCAUGCUUACUAUAUAUAGAAGUAUUUGUAAUAAUUUUCAUGUGAAGUUCAUUCUUCUGUCAUAUUGAAAAAAAUGUGUGGCUUUACUAGGAAAUGAACACUUGCUUUCUGCCUUUGA